GAACCUGAUGUGUUGAUGUCUAAAUUUACCCUUUUGUCCUUUGAAGGAACAAAAUCCCUAAUCAAUUCAAUUCGAUUCCCCUCUCGAGUUCGUCUUGCUACAAGUUUUGUUGAGAAGAGGAUGAAGAGGGCAAUGCCAUGGAGUGAUGAUGAUGAAGAAGACGAUACAUCCUCCGAUGAUGAUGAAUCUGACAAUUUGGGGUCAACCAACAUCAAACCUAAACUUAGUAAUGAUUCUUCCUCCAAACAUAAAGCUGAGUCUGCAAAGCGGAAGAGCAAAGGUGUAGACUUUGAAGCUCUAAGCCGCCACGGGUAUAGAGGUGGAUUAUCUGUCUUGAAAGUUCCACCACCCAAGGAGCCAGAUCAGGAACAGAAUUGGUCUUGGUCAAGUGGUAAGGAUACCCGAGAAAAAGAGAAGGAAGAAACUUAUGAGGAGCGUCAGAAGACGAGGGCUGCACUUGCGGAAGCAGAGGAACUGGUUCAUGCACGAACUCAAAAAGAGAGGAAGAACUUUUCUUUCUCACAGAAGGAGAAGAGGAAGAGAGAUCUUGGUCAGGCUAGCAGAGGGAAGAGUUACGUUGAAGAGGAAAAGAGGCUACUUAGGGAUAAUGGUGUUUACUCUGGAUUUGAUUCUUGAUUCACGAGCUGUUCUUUUUAGCUCUUUAUCAUGUAAAGGGUUGUAAAAGUUAGUUAUGACUAUUGUGCACACGCUAUAUCCAUAAAGAUUGUUGUCAACAUCAAAAUGAAUGUAUGAUACCUCCAUUGUCAUUGCAUGAGUACUAGCAGAUAAAAUCUAAUCAAAGUUGAUGGUCAGA